AGCUGUUGUUUUUGUUAUCCAAGAUGGCGGCGGGGAUGUACUUAGAACACUACCUAGACAGCAUAGAGAAUCUGCCGUUUGAGCUGCAGAGAAAUUUCCAGCUGAUGAGAGACCUGGACCAACGGACUGAAGACCUUAAGGGACAGAUCGACUCCCUGGCACGUGAAUACACAGCCAAUGCGCGGACGCUGUCUUCAGAACAGAAACUGUCCCUCCUGCGGCAAAUCCAGCAAUCCUAUAGCAAGUGCAAGGAAUUUGGGGAUGACAAAGUGCAGCUGGCUAUGCAGACAUAUGAGAUGGUGGACAAACACAUCCGGAGGCUGGACACUGACCUGGCUCGCUUUGAGGCUGACCUGAAGGAGAAGCAGAUUGAGAGCACUGACUAUGACUCCACCUCCAGCAAGGGCAAGAAGAGUGAGUCGCGGGGGCCCAAAGAGAAGAAAGUGGCUCGAACUCGGUCAAAGGUGAAGAACUCUGAUGAUGAUGGGAGCCCCAAAAACGGACAGAAGAAAGUCAAGCUGAUUCAUACGGGGGAGUUCAAUGCCCCUUCAGUGAAUUUUGGGAACGUCCACCCUUCUGAUGUGCUGGAUAUGCCGGUGGACCCGAACGAGCCCACUUACUGCCUGUGUCACCAGGUGUCCUAUGGAGAAAUGAUUGGCUGUGACAACACGGAUUGCUCCAUUGAGUGGUUCCACUUUGCUUGUGUGGGACUGACGACCAAGCCCAGGGGAAAAUGGUACUGUCCACGCUGCUCACAGGAAAGGAAAAAGAAAUAAAGAGAGCAACAGACAGAGGGGCACAAAGUCAGAGAAUGAGUUUGAGAGGAGAGGGGGAUAGAAGUUUUUUUUUUCCCCCCUCACUAGGUAGAAAUAAUGUGUAGUCUGUCUUUCCCCCCCUCUGCAGAAUUUGGUGCUUGUGUUGCCUCAUAUUUGCUUUCCCAUCUCUCUCUCACAGGGAAAGAAAAUGUGAUGGAGGGGUAGCUACAGCUGUAGUUUCAGUUUUGGGAUCAUGUUUUUUCAGUGAUAACAAUAAGGAUGAUGAUCAUGAUUAUUGUUAUUGUGAUUUUUUUUAAUGUUAUUUUGAUGUUAUUUUUACUGAGUUUAUGGAAAACUGACAGAGAAACACAAGCAGCAUUAAUGAAGCACCAGUAAUCCCUGCCCUAUACGGUACACCACAACAUACUGUAUUCUGUUCAUCAGGACUAUCCAAAUGUAGUAUGCAGAACUGGAACAUGUUAAAAGGGACAGUGCUGGACUGUGGUAUACAAUACUAUACGCUUGUACAGUACUGAGCAAUAGUUUCCUAUCUCAGCCAUUGCUGCGUUGUAUUCAUUUCAGCAGUAUUAUAUUUGGACUCAAAUUAUUAUGCCUUUGGUAUAUGACUGGACCGCACUAUUCUAUACUGUGCUGAAUGGAACUAGGUGGGAUGGGACUGGUGUAUGGGAAAAGCUAUUGUAUAUAACUGAGAGAAAACAGUAAGAAAA